UAUUUACACACCCUCUUUGGUAUUUAGAAUAAAAGUUUUUGAUUUCGCGUGUUCUAUUGUUGUUCGUUCUCCACUAAAAUUGUGUCAUAAAUUUUUUUUGUAAAUAAUUGUUAAAUUUGCCGUAGUAAAAAGUUCAAAGUGUUGGAAGGUGCAAUAUUUUCUCGUUUUUUUGGUUGAAAAUUGUGCUUAAAACAAUUCCAUCACAAUGGGGCGCAAGCAGGGAUGCGUCAUUAAAACCUCAGCUACGCCAACAAAAACUACAAAAAAGGUUCUCUCGCACGAUGAGUUUAUGAAACGUAUAAAUAAAACUUUAUAUUUCGGCAAUGAUUUCCUUGAUAGCGAUGAUGACAACGAUAACGUGGGGCCUGCCUUGGAAAUGUCUAAACCCUUGGCGGAAUAUGCCUCUGAACUGUUUAGUGAAAGUCAUCGUGGUUAUACGUUGAAUCGUCUAAGUUGUGUGGAGGCUUCUAGUUUACAAACCGCCACACCGGCCACUUUGAUUAUGGCCUUAAUCUAUUUGGAUCGUUUGAAUGUUACCGAUCCCGGUUAUGUUAGACGUAUAACUCCGCAGGAAUUGUUUAUUGUUUCUAUGAUGAUUUCCACUAAAUUCUAUGUUGGCUAUGAUGAGGAAAUUUAUAUGUCUGAUUGGGCAGAAUACGGUAACAUAUCGGAGGAUAAAUUAAAGCAAUUGGAGUUAAAUUUCUUAUGCGCAAUUGAUUGGAACAUCUACAUAUCGAACGAACAAUUUUUCGAAAAACUUACCAGUAUUGAGAAAACUUUGGCACGAAGACAGGGUCUACGUCGUGGUUGGUUAACUUACAGUGAACUCAUACAAAUGUUGCCCUCAUUCACAUUGGCCAAAUUUUUACUCAAUAACAUAACCGUUAUAGCAGUCAGUUAUGCUGCCAGUGUUAUAACCAUAGCAGGAGCACUAUUUUUGGCAGCACAAAUUCCUGGUACAUCGUUGCAUCGUCAACGUACAUCGCAAAUAACAACGAAUAACACGGAUUUACUUACUGAAACCGAUGUAAUGGAUGCUGGUGUUAAGCUAAAUGGUUCUACUCCCCUCACAACUACAUCACACGUGGAUAUUAUGCAACAGCACAAUCAUACCCAAAAUUUGGCAUUAAAUGUCGAAGAUGAAUUGCUCAAACUGGAAAGACAGUAUCGUGAAGAAGCUUUGCGUGAUAGUCUUCAACAAAAGAAUAAUGAAAUAAAUACAGAAUCCCGUCUUACAUUGCCGCAACAAAUGCUAAUGGCUAAAAUUAAUGUCAAUCAAAAGUGUGCUAAACAUGGUCAACAAUAUCAGCAACAGGGUCAAUGGUUUGCUCAUAAGGAAGAGUAUAGUGAUUAUGGUAAAAUGUCGCUAGAAGACAUUAAUGAACUCUAUCGUCAACCAUUACUAAUGACAACCCGCUCGGACUAUAGGACUAAUGAAAUCUGUGCUGGUUUCAAACCGGAGACGCAACAUUUUAACUCUUAUGACAAUUCUACUGUGGUAGGUUUACUCUGGCACUUUUUGGCUGAUACUGUUCAACAUACAAGUUUUAUGCGUUUGCCUUUUGUUUGGCUAAAAUUUAUGUAAACUUGAUGACAAAAGGCAAAGCAGCGGACAAAUGAGGGGAUUUCUAAAAGCCUUAUAAGCCGCAUUAUAUAUGAAAAGUUUUUUUUUUCGAAAUAUCUUUUAAAAUUUAACUUUUAUUUCUUUUCCUUAACCACUUUUAUCUUUUUAUAUUUAAACAAAUCUUUACUAAAUUAACGUUUGCUGAAACGUGAGAAAUAUGCAAAUAUAAUUUGCAUAUAAAUAGAACUAACUAACAAAAAAUUAACAUAUUUAUAAUAUUUAACAAAAUAUAUUAUAUAUUUUUUGAGCAUACAUA